AUGAUUCCGUCUCCAUCCUCGCGGUCGACUUCCUUGCCUUCUUCGGCCCAAUCACCUACAUCUGCCUCGCCUGUCUCGCCCUCGCGAUCCCGUGGAAACCAGUUCUACCACUCUGACCCCAUCCCUCAGUCCCCCACCCGUCCAUCCAUCGACCUCGCAAGACCCUUUUCGCCUGCACCCUCCCAGCCACAACCACAGCCCCCGUCCUCACCUACCGCAACAAAGCACACCUCCCUAGGCGAAAUGCCCACCUCCCAUCGCAACUGGAUCAAUAACAUUAGUAAUAAUACCACAAUCGACCAGAAUCUCCAUUCAACAAGCAAUUUCACAACAAAACCUGCGAGUUCAUCUUCAGAGAGAGCACUGCAGUUUAACACUUCAGAAAUAGAACGCAGCUUCCAGGCCCUGCUCAAGAAGCAGCCCAUAGCCACUCCAGGUCCUUCGUUGCUCCAGAGCAAGACCCAUCGACACUUGCACCCCAAGGAUGCUAGCCAGCCUAGACACUUGCUGACCACAGGAACACAGAUACAGCUGCGACCAUUGCCAGGAUCACCCAACAGCAGCCAUUUGUCACACUCCCCUAUCUUUGGGUCUCCCGCCGCAGAGCACGCCCGACAUUGGAUUAAAUCCGCAGGACUCGGUCGGGACCAUAUCAGUGACUCGGAGAGUGAACAGCGGGAGAGCAGUGACCAUGACAGUUAUGAGGAUAGUCAGCAGCAGCAGUGGCAGAUUGAUUACGACCACCAUAUCGCAGGACACGUCGAGCUCGAGAUUGAGGCAGAGUCUUCUUCCAACACUGCUGUGGACUCAAAACAACAACAACUACAGCAACAACUGCAGCAACGACAACAACAACAACCAUCUUGGACAGGAAAAGUACAUCCCAUGUUCAACAUGUCGGACCCGCAAGGAGUGAGGGACCAUGGGCUGUAUCCAGGACUGAUCUCACCAACAGCAGGACAACCCUCUAUUCGCACCAAGGACCAGUCUGCCAUCCACCCUCUCUCUCCCGUCCCACCCUCUCCUAGCUCGGGAACUUCAACACCCAGGAUGCCACAGUCGCGAUCGCCCGAAAUUCGACCACAGGUGGUUCUUCACCCGCCAGGAGACGCUGCCCUUGGCUUUGAUCUCGGAUCGAUACCUCCCCUGGCGCCUAUUGCAGUCAACCAACCGCUCCCACCUCUCCCACCUCUGCCUGCUCAACCACCCUCAACACCUGACCAGUCUCGACUUCGAUCCAAACAGGUCAACAGCAACAGCAGCUGCACCAGCAAAAGGUCAAACACGCCCACCAAAAAGUCAUCCAAGACCAACCUUCUUGCGGUCAAACCAAUACCAUUCACGGAAAAGAAACCCGUCUCGCUUACCAACCCGCCGCGAAAGUGUAUCCAUCACGGCAAGAUCUUGCAGGUCAUCAACACCUCGACCGUUAAGGAUCGAUAUCUCUUCUUGUUCAGCGACAUCCUGGUCAUUGCCAAGCCUAUGUCGGACGGCCACCCAACUAUCGAUAGUCGAUUCCAAGUCAAGGAUGUUAUUGAACUCAAAAAGAUCUCUCUUAGUCUGUCCAGAGACAAGUAUGACUCAAAGUCUGGCGAUGCAGGAUCGUCUGGAAAUCGCAAAAUACCCCCUGUCCUCGCAGAGUUCAUCCACACCUUUGACCAAAGUCCCAUCCGGGCGCUCAACACCUUUAUCCAAAAACGCGCUCUUCAUCCGGAUCCAGUCUCUGUCGCCCACCUCUUGUUUAAGACACCAGAGUUGUCAAGAACCCAACUCGCCCUGUUCCUCUCCAACCCGGCGAACAAGCAUGUCUACAGAGCAUUCUUGGAUCAGUGUCAGUUUGCAGGAGUCUUGUUGGAUGAAGCCUUGCGGACGCUGCUUAGUCGCCUCUCUCUUCCCAAUCGUGUCGAUUCUCAGCGCUCCAAUGGACAUUCGGACCGAACCUUCAACAGUGUCGACUAUUUACUGGAAGAGUUCACCCGACGGUGGUACGAGGUCAACGUGAAUGUUGUCGUUUAUGACGCAUCCAUUGCCCACAAGCUGGUCAUUGCCAUGAUUGUCCUCAACGCACAACUGCACAACAAUGAAGGAGCAGGAAUUGUCCGAGACCGAGAGGAAGUUGGCACCCUUGUCAGACCCCGAGUCGCUUCUCAACCGUCUACGCCCACCAUACCCUCGACACCCGUCAUGGAGUCGACCCUCCCUGCACCUUUGGUGCCUGCACCACAACAGUACCUGGCCAUGGAGCUGGAUGAUUUGACGCUGUUCCCGACUCCGACCAAGGACUCUUUUGUGGAAAUGUUCCAGCUCUUGGAUCAACAGCGCAUUGUCUCCAGGGAUACUCUCCUCAACAUCUUUUUGUCGAUCAGUCACCAGCCCCUCGAUAUCGAAUUCGACAAGAUGGACACGCACACCAGCAACCCCAAAUCCAACUUGGUCGCUGCGCGCAAGCUGUGGCCUAUCCUUAUCUCGCCUGCAGUUCUCCCCCCACGGUUGACACUCAAGAUCCCCUCGGACUCUAUUACCAUUACUGUGCCGGUCCUCAAUCCGCAUUUUUCGAUCCAUGUCGGCGGACGCGAUCUCAAGUGCGAGCCCUCAGUUCUAGAGUUCGGUUCACACCGGAGUCAGCGGUUCAAGAUCACGGGUCUGGUUCCUGGCAAGAAAACGUUGACGAUCCAUCCACGGCUUGUUUCCGACAAGGGAUCACCUGAGCAGUUCUAUGAUCUCCAGAACUUGCCAACCAAGCACACUGUUGCCAUUGAGCGACAGUUUAUGCGCCACACUUUCCAGAUUUCACUGUUGAACGAUUUGGGGACGAGGCGCCGGUACCUCUUUGGCACGUCUUCUGCUACCGAGAAGGAUGAGUGGGCUCGAGUUUUGACAGAGUGCCUGUUGGUAGCAAAGGGUCAGAAUGCGGUCCGGUUGAAUGAGCAUACGGGUCUGGAGCAGUCGAUUGGACUUCAAAUCCUAAAGGAAUUGUUGCUGGGAGUUGAGGCUUCGGAUGAGGAUGAGUUAGGGGCUACACAGCCGAACGGGAAACCGGAGCCCGUCCCUUCUCUGCCCAUUCCUAUCCCUCUUCCUGGCGUGCCGCCGCCUGCACUUGGGCUGGGGAUUCCUUUGGAUGGUCUUGGCAUGGCGGGUAAGACUGUUGUUGGUUCACCGUUAUCUGCUGUGAGUCCAAAGGUGCUUCCACCCACGGGCCAUGCUAGUCCAACGCUGGGGACAGGGGCUGCCGUAGGUAUUCCCGGAGGUCCAGUUUCGGGAGGAGCCAAUGGUGCCGAGUGGACCUCAGCUAAUAUGCUCAAGGAUGCGUGGAUGUGCAAGAUGCCUCGUCCUGGUUCAGCUAUUCCUGACCGACACGGGUGGGAGUUGGUUCGGUUGGUGGAGCAGAAUAGUUUGAUGGCAUUGAUGCUUGGGUUCAUGGGAGCUCUUGGUCGAGACCGACUUCGGCGGGUGGAGGCGGUGAGGAGGGCUAUGGAGGAAGAGGCAAGGCUGGCAGAGGAGGAUGGUUUUGAGGAAGAAGAAGAAGAGGAGGAAGAAGAAUAUGAGGAUGAGGAUGAAGAUGAAGGAUUUGAGGAGGAUGAGUAUGAGGAUGGGUUGUACGAGGACGUCAUUGAGGAAGGAGCGGAGGCGGAGGGAGAAGAGGAGGAUGACGAUGGGAGCCGCAGUGAGAGCACUGCCUCCAAUAAUAAUAACAGUAUGAAUGGAUAUGAUUCAGGAGGACGAGGAAGGCGACGACGCCCUGGGCCGAAUUUUUCACGAUUGCCGCAGCCCCCAAGAAGAAGAAGGUCGGUUAUUGUUGGAGCUGAGCCCGCGUUUGAGAGGUUUGCCACCACCGCCUCCAACCAUAACGCCACCUCGUCUGACUCUGCGUUCGGUAGGAUUGCCACGACCGUUGUCGUCGGCGCAGCAGCGGCAGACGCAGACAGGGAACGUGUCGAGAGGAUGGAGAAGCUAGAGGAGGGGGACGAGGAGGAGAGCCAUGAUGACGAGAGAAUGGCACUAUCGGAAGACUCUGAAGAUGGAGUUGUGUCUGCAGUGUCUGGCAAGGUGCGCCAAGUUAAAGGCAAGGAGAUUUGGUGGACGCAAUAG